CGCGUGCAUGGCCGAGGAUCCCACUCGAGGCACAGGACUCACACAGCAUUGAAGGCACUGUACCACCCUCCAGCUCCUUAUGCAGCACCCCCAGUCAUGCACGGUCGGCAGCGUUCUGGCCGCAGCGUGCCAGGGCCACCUCUCGACCCCUACCCUCGCAACCCGGCUGGCAGAAUUAGAUGCCUUCCGUGGAACAGGUCGCGAUAAUGCUAUCGCACGCUGGAACGGCCACAUCCUGGAUGCCCUGCCAAAGCUGAAUGCGCGAGAGCCAGUCAGCGUCCAGCUGGCGGAAAAGCUGACGCAGGCAAACCUGCUGCUUCAGCUCCUCAGCGACGCGGGCAUCUUCCCAAAGCUGCAUGCUAGCGUGCUCAGGUGCUUGUUUGAGGAUGGACAGCGUCUGCAGGCGCUGAUGGAUGUGCGAGAGCUGGAGAGCAAGCAGCAGGAGCAGCAGGCGGGGCCUUGCCCGCUGCACGAGGUGGUGGUGGCUGCUGGCCAGGCCUGCGCGGAAGCCGUGGCAGGUAGCGGUGAUCGGGCGCCCGAGGAGGUCUUCUAUGCCCUGCCAACCUCCACGGUGGCUCAGUUCUUCAAGCAGGUGGCAGCAGUGGCAGCGAAUGCGGGGAGGAACCCUGGGCAAGCAUCCGUCGACUUCGAUGCUGUGGCGCAGCUGAGCAAGGGGGUGCAGGUGGCGCUCGGUGGGGCCAUGCAGCAACGGGCGCAUCAGCAGCAGUGGUAUGGGCUGGCAAUCAACGUUGCGGUGGCGGGCCUCGAUGAACCAGAGUGGACAGCUGGGAAAGACGUGCGAGCUGGUUUACAGAUGCUCGCCGAGGCCUGCUGCCGGCUUCACCCGCGUCUGGUGCUGGAGGCGCCCCAGCAGAUUUCUCCCUGCGUGCUGCUACUGUUCGAGCUGACAGAUCGCCUGCUCAACGCCUGCGCUGCUGCCGUGACUGCUGCUCCAAUCGGUCGGCAGCGCCAGCAGCUGCACAUAGAGUAUGCCGCCGCCAGGGACCAGCUGUUGGAGCAGCUCCUGGAGCAAGCGCUUGCACUGAGCCAAGAAGAUCAAGUCGAAGGGUUGCAGUUGAUUCGCCGCGUCCAAGGCAUGGCAUCUUCUCAUGGUUCAAACAGGCUGCUCUACGAAGUGGCCUUCGCAGUAACCCACGAUUUUCAGAACCUGUACGAAGAAAUGCAGCAGCAGCGCGGCGACGGGCUGGAUCCGCCCCUCACCACUUAUGUUUGGGACAGGCUGUUGAAGGAGGGACGGUUUGCUUUUUUGCUGGACCAGCCGCACAACUUCGAUGCCGAGCUGCAGCGCUUCCUCAGCGACGAUGCUGCUGACAACACGGCGCUCAGGCUCCAGAUCCGCUGGCUACAUGAGGUCCGCAUGCAGGACUACUCCAGU